CAUACGGAAGUUAUCGAAUGCACCUGUUACACUUUCGAACAGGAAAGGGAGCAAAUCAAUACAUUUCCUUUGACCAAAGUUGUUGUGUGCCACGUCUAUUUCGACUUGAGACAUCGGUUUUUUGGAUCGAUUUUUAUUUAUAUCGUGAAUCUGAACAUUAAUGGAUAAAUUAAAGAAAGUUUUGAGUGGCCAAGACGGCAAUGACGACCUCAACGUACUUCAGGCAGCGAAUGAAGCAUCAACACUGGGAUGGGGCACGCGUGUGAAGGGAUUCGUCGCAUGCUUUGUGGUGGGCAUCGUGUGUUCAGUUUUGGGGACGUGCUUGCUUUGGGUUCCUAAAAGUGGACUGAUACUUUUCGCAGUCUUCUACAGUUUGGGCAAUAUUGCCUCACUUUCGAGCACAAUGUUCUUAAUGGGCCCUUUAAAGCAAAUCAAGAGGAUGUGUGACAAGACGAGAGCACUGGCAACUGCCAUUAUGAUUACAUGCCUGGUGCUGACCUUUUGUGCUGCAUUUUGGUGGAAGAACAAAGGCCUUGCUCUGCUGUUCUGUGUCCUCCAGUUUCUGGCUUUUACUUGGUAUAGCUUAUCUUACAUUCCUUUUGCGAGGGAUGCAAUUGUGAAGUUGUUCUCCGCAUGCUUCAAGUGAGAUAGAUGCCUCUGUGUGCUGCUCUGGCUCCAGCAUUGGUGCUGCCUUCAAUGCCACUCAUGUACCCACUCUGCAACCUGGCACACACCACACUUCAGGCACUCCCCCUUCCUCAAACAGAUGGACACUCUCCAUCUGUGUGAAAUAACAAACACACAUAAACGAACAAACACCUGUGCUUUACUCUCAAGUAGGAAACUAUGAAGGAUGGGACUUGUAAUUAGGUAAAAGGUCAAUGUUAGGUCUCUUCCCUGUAACUGUAGAGAUAUGUUUGGUACAGUAAGAAUUAGCUGCACACUUUAUUUUUAACUGCUGCUUAAUUGCUAAAUGAUUCCGUUCCACGGGUCUUCCUCACUGUCUUUUACUUGAGUACUAGAUUGGGUAGAAUUGUAACCAAUGUGUGCUGUUUUCGUUUUGAAGUGUUAUUUGUGUGGUAGUUUUGAGUGUUUCAAAAUAAGAUUGUAAUGAUUAUUUUUGCUACUAAGGUUUUUUUUUUAAAUAGUGGUGUUGCAAUCAUAUUUCAGUCUUCAGAAAUGACCUAGUUGAUAAGUAAUAAGCCGGUUUCUGUCAUCCUGUUUCUUUUGUAAUUCUUAUCGUAUUAGAUAAGUAAAAUUAAUAAUCCCUCAUUAGGGUGCCAAUGCAUAUCUGGAGGUUCCUUUUCCAGCAGUUUUAAUUAGCUUUGUGUUUAAGAUAAAAAUCAUGUGGCUUUUUCUUAUGAAUGUGUUGUAUUUAAGCCUCGUAUUUAAACACAUUUCAUUUUUACUGGAGCGAUUUCAAGCAUGACAAUGUUAGUUUCCCAAUGUUGUUAUUUUUAUUUUGUCAUUUCAAAUCAUAAUUUCAGCAGCUGUGGGUUUACUGAAGGGACCUCUUUUAUUUUACAGCACUUGCAUGGAAAUAUUAUCCAGACUAUGAAAAAAAUAAUUUCAGAAUAAUUUUAUCAUGACUGAAAAAUUUGAAUUUCCCCAUCAGAUCAAUAUUUUGUUAUUCUUAUUUGUCUUUUAUUACGAAGAUCUACUUUACUGUUAUAAAGAACAAUAUAGACUAUGUGAGAUGACAUUUAUGUAAGAAAAUAAAUGUUUUAUAAGAAACAAAAUCACUACUUUUUAUGUGGAAAUAUUACUACAGCAUUGCUAUUAA